CACGUGGGUGACGCUGCAGGGCCAACCCUCUUCGGGGUCCCUUUUGUUGAACCAUCAAACAUAAGCACCUUUGGAGAUCCCGAGGGGUUCAGAUGAGAAACGGCUAUCUUAGGAGCGAUCACUUAUCAACGGCGCAGCCAUGUCGAGGUCUUUUUAUGUUGAUUCCUUAAUAAUCAAGGAUACGGUGCGACCUGGACCAGCGGAGCAUCCAGGACAAGACUUCCUUAUCCCCAUCAGCAUGCACUCGCCGGGCGUAAUGACGGUCACGGCUCCGGUGUGCCCGUCCAGGAAAAAUGGGACUUUCUGCGUUUGCCCGCUGUGCGUCACGUCCCACAUCCACUCUUCCCGCAGCAUUCCCAUGCUGAAGAGCCAGUUUCCAGGAGCGGAAGCACAGUACUGUCAGAGAAUAGCGCAUCAGCAGUCUCCUGCACUCGCGCACCCUGGACAUACACCUGUCUGCACGCCCACAUUCAGCGUCACAGAUCCCAGGAGAUACCACUGCCUUUCUAUUGGCGCCACUGAGAACAACCACAUACAGAAUGGCAAAAGGAUGCGCACGGCUUUCACAAGCACGCAACUCCUGGAACUUGAAAGGGAGUUUUCCACGAACAUGUAUCUGUCUAGACUGAGAAGGAUCGAAAUCGCCACGUACUUGAACCUGUCGGAGAAACAGGUGAAAAUCUGGUUUCAGAACCGCAGAGUGAAGCACAAGAAGGAGGGGAAGGCGACCCAACGGAGCGCACACAGCGGUUGCAAGUGCACAAGCGGCCACACAGACUACUCAAGGUCAGAGGACGAGGAGUCUCUGUCUCCAGCCUCUACUUCGGAAGAGAAAGAGGUGUCACCCAUCUGAGAGCAAGUCCACUCCCUAAGUCCCGCAGCAGCAGUUAUGUGUCGUGCCAUUACGCAAACUCUGAGCCAAAAAGAAAAAUCUUCUGCAUGAAGAAUCUCCGAAAAAUGUUGAUCCUGCUGUUCAAUUAAAAGAAAAAAAUGUGAAUAGAUGUUUGUGAAAUAUUUGGAAACAUGACCUAGUGUGUGUAAUAAACCGAAGAUAUUUUGAACACCCCCGGGGCUCUCACCUACAGACCCAGGUCGUGCUAAUUAUUCCCGAUAAAUGUUUUCAAUUAUUGCCGGAGAUCCUGUUUCAGUCAGUGAGGUUCGCUUGGUAAAAACAACCCUUAGAAAUAGUAUAGGUCCAACCUGCGAACCUGUACACAAUAAUUUGUAAACUAUGUAUAUGUGUAUUUAUUGUAAUAAAAAUGUGGAGUUGACCUAA